UCUACCUGACACAUAUUGCUCGCUUAGAAAAAUCGUGCAGGUGUCUUAGUGUGAUCAAAUAAUCGUAACCUGACAUGAUAGAAGGAUAUUAUAGUUUUUUCGCUUUUAGAUUAUCAUCAAAAGGUAUAACAAGAAACGCAACAUAUCAAUAACUCAAAAUUCAACCAUGGAACAACAACAUUGGUGCUCAUUUUGUUGUAUUCGUUUAAGGAAUGAGUUGAGUUUAAAAACUCAUCUGGAUACCCAUGAAAAACAAACACGCGUUCAUUGUAAUAUGUGUUCGUUAUCAUUUUUGAAUAAUAGUCAUUUAGGAGAUCAUAUCAGAAAUAAGCAUUCACCUUAUAUCAGCAACAUAUUUGCUGAAAAUGCUGAAAAAAAUAUAACAGACAUCACACCUGAGGUACAAUCCGAUUCCGAAUGGACCGACAGUUCCGAAGAAGACUUAACCAGCAGUGAUAUUGGAGAUAUUUCGGAGGGUACAGAUUUUGAAAAUGUGGAAGAGCCCGUUGAAUACUUUUCGAAUGAAGAAGAAUACAUCGUAGCUCAAAAUAUGCAUGAUACUUCUGACAAUAAAAUUCUUAUCAGCGAAUUCGAUCAGAAAGCAGUCAAUACCAAACAUAUGAAUAAUUCGGAUGGAGACCGGGUCAAUCUAACUAGUUGUGGCGUUGCAUUUCGUGUCAAAUUAGAAUGGGGAAAAGGAGGAAUAUAUUAUUUGAAUAUCACAAGACACAUUCCAAAUUCAGAAGAUAAUUCUGAACGACACAGACUACAAAAACAUAUGGAGCCGGCGUUCCUCAGUUCAGAUCAAAGUACAUCUUCUCAAGGACCUCGUAAGGAAAAUACAGACGCUGAUUUACGGUUCGUAGAAACCGAUGAAAAUCAAAACCAAAAGACCCGAAUACACAACAGUAUAGGACAAGAUAGUGAAAAGCAAACCCCAUGGAUUGAAAUGUAUGACAAAGACGACGACCAACUGGAUUGUGGGGAAAUCAUAGCUAUGGCAACUCACUUUGGGGUUCACGAGGAAGAAGAACUAAUACAGAUAAAAGAAGAUCAUGAGCAAACCACAUUUGUUGAUUUGGAUAGCGAACAAGGCAUGUAUAAUGGAGAAAAUAAAUCUAUGAUAUGCGAUGAAGAAGAAUUAAGACGAGAAAAUGAAGAUCAUGAGGAAACGUCAAGUGAUGAUUUGGAAAGCGACAACGAAGACAACAUUGAUUAUAUGAAAACCAACGCUAUGAUUCCCCAAAAUAAUGUUCAAGAUGAAGAAGAAUUAAGACGAGUGAAUGAAGAUCAUGAGCAAACAACAUGUGUUGAUUUGGAUAGCGAACAAGGCAUGUAUAAUGGAGAAAAUAAAUCUAUGAUAUGCGAUGAAGAAGAAUUAAGACGAGAAAAUGAAGAUCAUGAGGAAACGUCAAGUGAUGAUUUGGAAAGCGACAACGAAGACAACAUUGAUUAUAUGAAAACCAACGCUAUGAUUCCCCAAAAUAAUGUUCAAGAUGAAGAAGAAUUAAGACGAGUGAAUGAAGAUCAUGAGCUGGCAAUAUCAGAUGUGGUACAUAAUCCCAAACUAACAGUAUGGACGGAGGCUAUCAACAUACUAAAGGAUACUUUUAUGAAAAAAAAGAAAAGAGCUAGGAAAAGAGGAAUGUUCGCUACAACAAAUAGAGUUACGUUCACAAAAUGGUUAACUGCUAAUUUUCCUGUGGAAGGUGUACUGUGUGGUUGUGGAAGACACUUAAAAACGCCAACAUCGCUUCUAGGUCACUUACGAAGAAAAAGCACCAGCGCCCGACAAAAAGUCAAAUUAUUCAAGAAGGGAAUAUAACCAAAACAAUUAUCAUGCGUUUGGAGGAUUAAGAUUGUGCCAUGCAUAUAUUAUUCCUUACAUAUUAAGGACGGCUGAAAAUUGUAGAAUAAUAAAGUGCAAUAUAUUUACAAUUCUUUAUCCAGAUUAACACAAAGGAGUUAAUGUUUCAUGUUUGACAAUAUUUCAUAAACGCUUGUUAAAAAACGAAUUCAAACUUUACGAAAGAGUUAGAAAAUAAUGAACAAAAAUAAAAAGUUGACAUUAUCCUUUGAUACAUUUCAUGAAAUCAAUUGAUUUGCAACUGAUUAUCUAUUAUAAUUUUAAAAUAGAUGGUCAGUUGCCAAAUUAAUAACUUAAAUUUAAAUACAGCAUAUUAAAAAAAAAGAAAAUGAGCGUUUUUCUUUCGUUUUUUUCUGAAAUCACAUUUCUUUAUGUUUGAAAGGGGUUUAUCAAAUCAGAUUAAAAAUCACUCUCUCUCGAUAUAUUCUUAUGAUAAUAUGAAAACCCUCCACUGUACUUUCUUUUUACAUACCUUUCGGGAUCUUUUGCUUUUUUUCCAAAUUGUACUGGGUGUGUUAGAGCUUUUAAUGUUGCCAUUUGAUAAAGGACCUUUCCGUUUGAAUUUUCCUUGGAGUUCGGUAUUUUUUACUAUUUUAAUAGUUUCUGACUUUCGAAAUUAGGAAGACUGAUAUAUCAUUUGCUGAUGUAAAAUACAUACUAGAAGAGAUAUAUAACUAUGUCGUGUCAGAUCUAUAGUAUCAAGGCUUACAAACAUGAUGUUUUAUAAGGCUAAUCAUAUAACGUGUUGCUUUUUCGUUAAUAAAUGGUAAUGUACUUUU